CUGUUUGGAAUAGUCUAAAUGUCAGAAUCAUCGGAAUGUUUAUUAUAUUGUAUACAUAUUAUGUUCAUUAUUUCUAAAAGUUUUAUUUACAGGUCCUAUUAUUUGUCUAGAUUCGGUAAUUCUAAAAAGAUUUGUUUUUAAGACUAGCAAAUUUUUGAAGCUAACUAGUUACAUGAGGAUAACAUGUGUGGUCGCACAGUUUUGUCACUGACUAAGGAUCAAAUUCAGUGCGCUUGUAGUUGUAAAUCUAAAGAUACAAACAAAUACAAAAAGGCAGAAUGGCUUGACGAACACAACGAUGGAAAAGAAUAUGUACCUUCACAUAAUAUAGCUCCAUCUGAUAUCACUCCUGUCCUGGUAUCUGCAAGUAAAUAUAAGAAUGGAGCCAAAAAUGAACAUGUACUGAAACCCAUGAUGUGGGGUAUAAUACCACCAUGGCAUGUCGAAGAUUACCGGAAACAAAAACUGAGUACAAACAACUGUAGAUUAGAGAACAUAAAGAACUCCAAACUUUAUAAUCCUAUAUUAAGAAAUGGAGGUAGAUGUAUUGUUGUUAUUGAAGGAUUUUAUGAAUGGUCAACAACAGAUGCAUCAUCAAAAACUAAACAACCUUAUUAUAUUUACAUGCCACAAGAAAAAGAAGUUGAGAUGGAUGAUCAAUUAACUUGGAAUAUUAGCUUUGAUGAAGUAGGGGGCUGGAAAGGUAUUAAUUUAAUGCAUAUAGCUGGUUUAUAUAAUGUAUGGCAACAUGAAGAUAAAGUUAUUUAUUCAUACACUGUUAUCACAAUGGAUUCAAACAGUACCUUAAGCUAGCUGCACCAUAGAAUGCCAGCUAUUUUAAACACACAGGAACAGAUUGAUGCUUGGCUUGACACUGAUAAUGUAGAAGCGGAUAUGGCUAUAUCUUACUUGAAACCUAUCAAACUAUUGUCAUGGCAUCCUGUCUCUAAUAUUGUAAACAAUUCAAGAAAUAAAUCUAAAAUUUGUAACAAAAGGAUAUUAGAAAAUAAGAAAAGCACACAAAAAACAUUAAAUAAUUGGUUCACUAGAACUGAAAAAAGGAAGUAUAAUGGUGCUGAUAGUCCAGAGCACAAGAAGACAAAAAUGCAGAAUGAUUAAUAUAGUCUUAUUUUAAAAGAACAGAAAAUAUGAUUAUUAUUUCUUCCAAAAUAAACAAUUUUUUUCUUACAAAUUGUCA